CCCACCCAGCCCCGGGCCCCGAGGCAAGCUCUCUUCUCGUUACGCACCGGAGCUGGGAAUACGCCGGGUGGGGGAGGAGCGUUUGGGGGAGGAGCUUCUCAGAGUGGCCACGCCCCCUCAGUAAACCUCAGGGCUGAGGUUACUAUCGGGCUACUGGUAAAGAGGCGCGCCCGGGCCGAACAAUCACAUGGGGGCUCUCCCUUCGUCCUGCGCCUGCGCGGCCCCUCUAUCUCGUCACUUCCGGCCCGGGCCUCCCAGCUGGAAGCGGCUGCGGCGGUGGCGGUGUCUGAAACUGGGCGAGCAGUUGCCCUUCUCAACAGCAGUCUGAAGCCAAGAAGGAGGCCCAAGCAUUCAAGUUGUGUGAUUGGAUCAGACACCCCAGCUAUGACCAGUUCCCCUGUCUCCAGAGUUGUCUACAAUGGCAAAAGGAAUAGUAGCCCCCGGUCUCCAAGCAACAGCAGUGAGAUCUUCACUCCGGCUCAUGAGGAGAAUGUGCGCUUCAUUUAUGAAGCAUGGCAGUGUGUGGAACGAGACCUCCGGAACCAGAUGUCUGGCAGUGAGCGUGGCCUGGUGGAGGAGUAUGUGGAAAAGGUCCCUAACCCCAGUCUGAAGAGUGAGUGCCCCUGGAAGGACAUGGGGAGGCUACUGAGUCCUAGCUUCCCCUCUGAACUCAUGAGAGCACUGGCCACUAGAUACAGGGCUAGGAAGGAAAUACUUGAGGAAGUGCUUGCCUCCUCUUUCAGAGAUCUGGUUGAAGGAGACAGACUGAAUCUUCCCACAGGGGCAAGCUUGGAGACUGGUUUCAUACAAAAGUAGAAUAGAGUGGAUCCUAAGAUUUCCUUAGGGAAGGUGGGAUUAUACAAGGGAUCCCCUCCAGAAACUGACAUUCAACUCCCUCUGCACCCAACAGCUUUCAAACCUUUUGACUUGAGUGACCUGAAACGCCGGAACACACAAGAUGCCAAGAAGUCCUAAGGGCAGUAGCCUGGUUGCUCCCUUCCUCCCCAUGGCCUCUGGAAGAUUGAAAGUUGCAGAAUUUAUGUUGGUUUUUCUCCCCCUCCUCUGGGCCCAUCUCCCUGGCAGGGCAAGUAAAGAGCCAUGUUCAUGUUGGGCUGAGUUCCUGCAAGGAUGGACUUGAUUGGCACUCAAGGCCCUCCCUCCCCUUCUCCUUCCUUUUUCUUUAGGGAGGUUCCAAGUUAUUAAUGUGGCUUGGGGGCCUUGGCCCCUGUUACCACCCAUCCUCUCUUCCUGUACUCCAAAUCUAUAUGUCUCUGGAGUUGCCUAGCUCUGUCUGUCCCCCCUCUCCUCCCCCCCCAGCCUAGAGCCCUCAUUUUCCCUCUUUGGCUUUGAGCUGCCAAGGCAGCCAAGCAUGGCAGCCCUCCCAUCUCUUCCUAUAUUUCUGAGAUAAGGUGGAAGGAGCAAGGGACAUCUGGGGGAGUCUGGGACAAGUUGGAUCAAACUGGUUCCCUAAGGUGGUAAGGUUAAGUAUGGUAGCUCUAUCUUCCCACAGCCUGGUUCCACUGUAGCCAUCUUUUGCUGCCUCAGUCUUGGGGCAAGCUGGGGAAGUCUCCAUUCCUCCUUUCCUAGAUGUCCAACUGAUGCUCUUUCCCUGUUUUCCAGACCCUAUUGGCCCCAGCUUUCUCAUGCCUGGGUAGCCCUCUAGGACCCAUUCACUACAGGGUUAUCAAGCAGCCAUGCCAAGUCUCUCCUAGAUCAGCAGCCUCUCUCCCUUAGGAGCCCCCGUGCCCCUGAGGGUCAGUGGCUGCCAUUGUUCCCUGGUCUAUCCUAUUCCCAGCUGGUAGUUUUACUGAGAGGGUUACCAGUAGUUCCCUUUUUUCUUUCUGUUACAGUUCAAGAGCUGAGUUGUUUGCCAUUACUCUGUAGCCUGAGGAGCUGUAAAUAAAGAUGGGGUUAGGCAUUUGGAAUGUGCCUCUGGCUGAGUUUGUAGCCCCCUCUGUAGCCAAGUUGGUCAGGCCUGAUAUUGCCUCAGGUGCCCACUCAAUACUAGGACCUUGGGUAUCAGGCCAUUUUUCACUCAGGCCUUAAGCUGGGUAGCCAGCAUGAGGCCUCAACAGGUAGUAGGAAGGAUCCUUUACAACUGGAUCUUAUUUCUCAAAAGUACGUUGACUUUCUUAGAACUUUAGAAAUUUAAAAAUGAAAUUAGAUUUCAUGAGCAAGAUUAUGAGAAUCCAAAUAAUGUGAGAUGUAUACUCAAAGAGUGUGCUUCCCCACAAAGGAAUUAUGAAAUCAUCUCUGCUCCCAUGAUACUAAUUGAGUCGAUUUUUCAUUAGAAGGCACUGGAUUGGGUAUUGGCCUCUCUUGGUCAAUAAUGACCCCUUCUCUGGCUCAAACAGUGAUAGUUAUGGGGAAGGAGUCCUUUACUUCUUACAGUGGGACUAGCUUUACUGUUAAGCCCAGUUUGAUUUCUGCGUUUGUCUCAUCCCCUCCUGACCCAGCCUGACCUCAUUUAGUUUAGGAGAAAAUCUCCACUCCCUGUGGGGUGUGGUGCCAAUGUGAAGGGAGCAGUAAACUUUCCUGUGUGUUUGGGCUGGACCUCAGAGAUUAAUCUCUGCUAGAAGGGAACAAACAGAGCUCUAGUCCGAAGGUCUAUCCCUUCUGACAUCUUUCCUUUGAACCUAGCGGAGAAACCUGUGACUGGGAAGCAGUAGCCAAUCUGAGGUUUGAGCCCUUGGUUUGUCAUUAGGUUGACCUUGUCAUUUUGAUCUGGCCAGACAUGGAACAUUCCUCCCGUCUCAGGCAAUUGAAUUCAAACGGAAUUCUCUGGGAGGAUUUAUUUCAGGAAUGCCCUUUCCCGGAAUAGUCUCCUGGGACUUGAGUGGCAUCUCAGGCAGUAUCAAUGGAGGCUACCUUCCCCCAAGCUUACUCUGACAGCUGAAACCCUCUGUGCACCCUUGCCCUGAAUCUCAGCUCCUGCUCUGUGGCCACCUUUGCAGUGAGGCCUGGCUGGUCACAAGGACAGGAGGGACUGAGAACAUGGAGGAAGGAAGAUUUGGAUUCCAGGCUGCCCUGGGACAUUGGGAUCAGAUGCUUAUGGGAUUGAGGCUAGAGACACACAGUAUUCAGAGAAGCUGGGGUUAGUCCUGGUUGUAUAUGCAUAAUAGUAAUUAUUAGGAUCAUAGAGCUAGAAAGGACCUUAGAGAUCUUUUCAUAUAACAGCUGAGAAGCUGAGGCCCAGAGCAGGGAGAGCGGUCAUGUAUCCAAGAUCACUGUAUGAGUUAGCUAAGACUAGCACUCAGACCUCUCAAAUCCUAAUCCAGCAUCCUUUCUACUCACCAAAUAAUUAUCAGAUUUGUGGUUUGGUUUCCUGACACCAAUCUCUGGAGAACAGAGCAACCUGGAGGCCUCUCCUGACCUGAAUCAGCCUGGCACUUGUGACAGUUCCUUUCCUGUCCUGUAUUCCAUGGACAACACUGGAUCCUCAGGGAUCCUUUUAAUCUCUUUCUCUGCUAAGUUUUCACCAAGUCCUUUGAAGCACUUGCCAGCAAUGAGACUCAGUUUCUCCACUCCUAUACCUGCGACUGCUGAAUACUGCCGAAGAGUGUCUUGAAAAAGGAAUUGACCAUUGUCAGUUCAAAGAAUAUGUUGAUAUUCCAGCUCAUUUAUGGUUAGAACUGAUUUAAUAGAUGUUAAAAAGCAACAACUUCAGUUUAGUUAAUGGUUCAAUUAAAAAAAAAAUAAAAUUUAGCCAAAAAAAAAACCCAAAA